AUGUCUAAACGUCGUCGAACCUUGACUCAAAAGGAGUUGGAAGAAAUAGCAGCUGAAAUAAAUAUUGAUAAUGAGAGUGACUUUGAUUCUGAUGAUUCUUUGAGAGGUCCGGAUUUUCUUCUGGACACCGCAUCUCCACAAUUCAGAUUCGAUCCAUCUGAUGAAGAGGAUGACGAAGAAUCAUCGGACAUUGAAGAAGCCCUACAAGAUUUGGCCAUGGAAGAGGCUCUGAAUGAAGAUAAUGACCAAAUUGAAGAAGAUAACGGGCUGCCAUCAUCUUCCUGUGAUUGUAGCGAAUAUGUGGGACGCCAUAAGAACUUUGAGUUUACUGGUAUCAGUGGACCGCAACAAGAACUAUUUCCUGAAAUAACUCUGCUUGAAACAUUCCUUCUGCUCGUAGAUGAUGAAGUCAUACACCUUAUUGUUACAAAAACCAACAGAUUUGCAGCACAAACUAUAGCAUCGAAGGGAGGGACGAAAUAUUCCCGCAUAAAAAAAUGGGCAUCUACCAAUCCAGACGAAAUCAAAAAGUUUUUGGGAUUGACAAUGUGUAUAGGAUUGGUUCGACUGGGUGCACUACCAGAUUAUUGGGUGACUAAGGGAAUUUAUCGUCAAGACAUUCCUAAAAAUACUAUGUCACUUAACAGAUAUCAGUUGCUACUAACUCUAAUGCAUUUCAACGACAACGAAACAAUGCAAAACGUUGAACCUGAUGAAGAUAUCGUUAUAGAUGAAACUUUGAUACCAUGGAGAGGCCGCCUGAUAUUCAGGCAGGAUAUCCCAAACAAGGCUCAUAAGUAUGGAAUCAAGCUGUUUAAACUUUGUUCGACUGAUGGGUUACACAUGGGCACUUGA